CACUGGUGUGUCCGGGUUAUCGAAACGAUGGAGUUUUUAAUUGGAAAUCCCUUUACCACUCCAGUGGGACAGCGAAUAGAGCAUGCUACCAGCGCAGCGUUACCAUCAGAAGAUUGGGCACUCAAUAUGGAGAUCUGUGACAUUGUCAACGAAACUGAAGAGGGACCCAGAGAUGCUGUUAGAGCAAUAAAAAAGAGGAUCGUGGGAAAUAAGAACUUCAAAGAAGUUGUACUGGCGCUAACAGUACUGGAGGCAUGUGUGAAGAACUGUGGCCACAGAUUCCAUAUUCUGGUGUCGACCCGAGAGUUCAUAGAGGGGGUUCUUGUACGAGCUAUUUUGCCAAGGAACAAUCCUCCUUUGGUGAUGCAAGACCGCGUACUCAGCCUCAUUCAGGCGUGGGCAGACGCAUUCCGCAGCUCUCCCGACUUGACGGGUGUGGUGUCUGUGUAUGAAGACCUCAGGAGGAAAGGCCUGGAGUUCCCCAACAGUGACCUGGAGGCUCUGCCUCCAAUCCACACCCCCACCCCCACCAGGAGUGUGAAGGAUCCCCGCCCUCCAGUCACUGUGUACUCUGCGCCCCGCUCUCCGAAGCCAUCAUCUCAGCCACCCAGCCAACCGGAGUCCCAACCCCCACAGAGCCAAAGCCCAGAUGGCCCAGUCAUACUCUCACCUCAGCAGUUAAAGAGGUUGAGGGCAGACAUUCAGGUGGUGCAGGGCAACUUGACGAUCAUGUCCGACAUGAUGACGCAGAUGCAUCCAGGGUGUGCUCAAACGUCCGACAAAGAACUGCUGCUGCAGUUGUAUGGGACGUGUAAAGACAUGCAGGAGAAGCUGGUGGAGCUGAUCCCACGACUCUCAGAGGAGAAGCUGGUGGAGGAGCUGCUGGUCACCAACGACGACAUCAACACCACCUUCACACGAUACAGGAGGUUUGAGAGACUUUACACUCACUCGAACACACCUCGGCAGUGCCCCACCUAUACUAACCUCAAAGACUUCGACCCAGCCUCUAACCAAUCCGUUGGUACAUCUGAACUCAAGCCGUGUAGACAGCCACCAAUCAGUACUCUUUGCAGCCAACUGGCAACUCUUCAUACAGAAGAAGUUAUAUCAGCACACAGACAGAAUAACACUGGGAGCCAACAGAUAAACAGUGAGCACCUCAGCAAUUCUGCAGUUGCGGCCUCUAACAGUGUACGGAACAACAGUGGAACGAGUGACAGCCCAGACUCCAACCUCCUCAGCUCCUCUCCACAGUUUGAUUGGAUGAUGGAAAAGGGAAUGAUUCCUGUAAGUCAGGCUACAGCAAUGGAUGACAUUGAGAAAUGGCUUGAAUUUGAUGAUGAUGAAGAGGACAUGGGAGACUCUGAAGGCGUAACCAGUGAGGAGUUCGAUAGGUUUCUGGCAGAAAGAGCGAGAGCAGCAGACCGUCUUCCUUCAGUGAGAGCAUCACAAGACCCAAGCGACCCACAGUCGAACUGCUGAUCUACAGAGUCUCCUUUCCACAAUCUGUCAAUAGCGACAACCCUCCCAAGGCCUGACUGUUGCUUUGAAAACUGUUACUUCACAUAACCUCCACCACAACAAACAGUGGCCAACCGAGUGACUUCAAACAACCACGGCCAGCCAUUUCAGAAGUGUCAUAUCAGAGCCGUGUGGAGAAAACGUUCAGGUUUCAGGACAAGGCAUCUCUAACCAUACCUCAUUAUUGAAUCGGCUGAUUAUCAAUUAAAGUAGGUUUCCAGUUGUAUUUGUCUACAUUGCUCCAUUAACAUCGAGCAUUGUUUCUCGACUCUAACCCUUCACUGAAGGCUCAAAUCCUUAACACUACUUUAGAUAUGACCCCUUACCUUCACCUUCAGGUUAGGCUCAUUACGCCAAUUAGCAUAAUGAGAUGGUUGUCUGGGGAGUGCUGAACACUGGCCAUACAUGCUGAAUGUAUCCUCCCACCCUGAACACUAGGCCUAUAUUCUGAAUGCAUCCUUCCACCUUGCACACUAGGCCUAUAUUCUGAAUGCAUCCUCCUACCUUGCACAUUAGGCCUAUAUUCUGAAUGCAUCUUCCUACCUUGCACACUAGGCCUAUAUUCUGAAUGCAUCCUCCUACCUUGCGCACUAGGCCUAUAUUCUGAAUGCAUCCUCCCACCUUUACCUUGCUAUUUCAAUUCAGAUACAUUCAGAAGUGAACUGUAUAGGCUACUUUGAGCUCUCUGUUUUAGUCUUUUAAUAUUUUUAUAUGAAAGUUGUAGAUCAUGAUGUAUUAACAUUUUACAGAGAUACGUGCUAGCCAUCAUUUCUUUGACCAAUUGUCAAGGUUGCAAAAGCACAAACUCUGCAUUGACUUUACUCAUUGCGUUGUACAUAUUUGUCAUGCACAUUGCACUCUACUGAGGUAAUAAUAUUUUGAAGGAAGUUAAUAUUUUUUAGACUAUAUAAAAGCACUACACCUGAAAAAUGAAAAGUAAUACAUGUAUUUUAUGAGAUAUGAGUAAGAGUAAUUACAUUCCUGAAUUGCAACUUGUUUACAAUGAAGACAUUAAUCAUGGCAGUUUCAGUUCUAGACCUGCACACCUCAGGCGUAUUAAGGGGACAUACUUAGCUCAACCAGCAUUAGGUCAGCUUAUUCUUAGCUACUGGAAAACUGUUGUGUCACACUGACUUCUAUACUGCACUGAUGCAACGUAGCUGAUAACUGCUCAGCUGGUCAAAAUGUCAGAACACUGUUUUUUUUUCUCACACGUACUAUAUGUAUGUGUGUACAUUUAAGUUAAAAAGAAAUAUUAAAGUUCAAAUGAAACCUAA